AUGUCGGGAACUAACCUCUUGUCCCCCCUCUCCACACCCCUCCUUGCAUUGACUAUCGCCCCACUCAACACGAGCGCGCCCAUCAGCACACGCGCGCCCCUCAGCACUCCACCACUGGGCUUUAACCUCACGGUUAUUCCCCUGGUCACGCCGUUCGUGAACGUCUCUCAGCUGAAUGGGACCAUUGCACCGGCGCCGCCACUCAUCUUCCCUCCGCCACCCCCCUCCAACAGAGACUGCCCAAGCCCCUGCCCUUUGGGCACCGCUCUGCGGCCGGCCGAUCUGACCUGCGACUGCGUGCUGCCCAUGAUCGUCGACCUGGCCUUCCAGCGAACGGCCCAGCAGUUCCUGCCCACCGUCCCCGAGUUCGUUCAGGAGGUGGCCAACAGCACCAACCUGACUGCCGCCCAAGUGUCGGUCCAAGCUUUCCGGGUGGUUCUGCGCAACAGCCGCCGGUUGCUUCAGUCACAGACCCAGGACCUCAUUGUGACGACCUGGCUCCUGCCGGUCGCUACUGCAGAGGAUUCCGCUCCAAUGCAGCUGUCCAACAACCAGACAGCGGCAAUCACGGACCUGCUCCUGAACAAGCAGCUGAGCUUGAACCAAACACUGUUUGGAAAUUACUCGGUCAUCCAGAUCCUGCCCCCAGGUGUGAAACCUCCCCCCCCGGCCCCAGGCACGGUGCCCAUUGCAGCCCCAAUUACGGUGCCCACAACCGGCAGCCCCAUCCCUGGCAUCCCCCCCGAUGCUUCCCCUAGCAGCAGCUCAAGUUCCUUGAGCACAGGAGCAGUCGCUGGAAUUGUGGCAGGAGCAGUUUGCGGAGUCGGGCUCUUGACCUGUUUGCUGAUAGGGUUUGUGGUGCUGCGACGGCGGCGGCCGGACAGCAAGUCAGCGGACAUGGGGGAGCGCAGCAAAGAGGAAGGGCUCUCCAAAAGUCUUCCCCACGUGUUCUCGGUCGGUUCGCUCGGACACGAGACCGAGUCCAGCUAUCCCACGGUGUCCGGAUCGGCGCGGGAGUUCACGUUCCAGGAGAUCGUGGAGGCGACCGACAACUUCAACCCGAACCACAUCUUGGGAGAGGGCGGCUUUGGACAGGUCUUCAGCGGAAAGCUGCCCGACGGGAAGUCGAUUGCGGUCAAACGGCUGACCAGAGACGGGACGCAGGGCACGAAGGAGUUCAUCUCGGAGGUUGACCUGCUGAGCCAUCUGCAUCACAAGCAUUUGGUGAAGCUCGUGGGGUACCAUGCCAGCGCGCGUGGCCGCCUCCUCAUUUACGACCUCAUUCCCAACGGCAGCGUCGAGUCACACCUGCACGGAAUUGAUAACUACGACAAACCGCUCGACUGGGAGACCCGCGUGAAGAUUGCGCUGGGUGCCGCGCGGGGGCUGGUGUAUCUGCACGAGGACUCGAACCCUCGCAUCAUCCACCGCGACUUUAAGGCGAGCAACAUUCUGCUGGACAACGACUACACGGCCAAGGUGUCCGACUUUGGACUGGCCAAGGCGGCGCCUGACGGGGAGAUGGAACACAUCUCGACGAGGGUCAUGGGCACCUUUGGGUACGUUGCCCCAGAGUACGCUAUGACGGGGCACCUGCUCGUCAAGAGUGACGUGUACAGCUACGGAGUUGUGCUUCUGGAGCUGCUCUCAGGCCGCAAGCCGGUGGACAUGGAUCAGCCCCCGGGCCAGGAGAAUCUCGUGACCUGGGCACGCCCGCUGCUGACGUCCAAGCCGGGCCUGGAGCAGCUGGUCGACCCCGCCCUGGGCGGGCGAUACAACUUUGAUGACGUGGCGCGCGUGGCGGCCAUCGCGAGCAUGUGCGUGCAGCCGGAGGUGUCCCACCGGCCGUUCAUGGUGGAAGUUGUGCAAGCGCUGAAAGUGGUGUACCAGGAGACGGAGCGCAGCAGCGCCAACGGGAGCGACACGAGCGACAUCAUCAUCUACGACAUCGACGGGCGGGCCGUGCGCCGCAAGGCUUCCCAGGAUCUGACCAACACCGGAUUGUCUCGGGAAUUCGCUUCUGCUGCCCCGGUUGAGCGGAGCAACUCUGCUGCAUUCCACACCAUCGAUUUUGACUCAGGCGUCACCAGGGCUGAGUCGGGGCCCCAGAGCAGAGAACUUUCCCAGGUCACCGCCGCUGCCCUUGGCGCCGGGCUCGCCGCCGCCGAGGGGCGAAAGUCGUGGGGAACCCCCGCCACCGCCCCAAUCGCGACCCCGACGAUUCCCCCGGCUGCCGAGGCCCCCAAGGUCGUGACCCGCUUCCCCCCAGCGCUGACAAUUAAUUCCCCGGUCGCUGACUCCUCCCCGGUCCUUCCGGCACCAGUCAUUCCCCCAUCCCCGCGGUCGAUCAGGCAGUUUUCCCCGGCCCGGAGGUCGUACAGUGGAGGAGGCACCCCCACACGCUCGGGCCAGUCGCCAUUGAGUGCGGCGUCGGGGCAGCUUGAGUCGCCUCAGAGCGUCAACAAAGAUUCCCCCGGGGGGCGGUUCACCUCCCCCGGGGUGCAGAGGCCGUCGCCGGGGACGGAGGCGAAGGGGCCAAGCUGGGCACGCAGGAGCGGUAGUUUGGAGACGCGCAGGAGUGGUAGUUUGGAGAGGAGCAGCUCCGGUGCGGCAAGAGCGGAGGAGAAGGUGGAUCCCACCGGCAUGGCGCCGGGGCUAGAUUACAGCGGCGAGAUGGAGUACUACAACCCAGAACAGCCAGGAUUGAAGGGCCCGAAGUGGGCUAGGAAAAGCUAGGCAGUGUGGUCAAGUCUGCUAGUAGAGUGCCAAAUCCAAGGCCGUCAGCAUAUCCUAGAGUCUAGAGUAGAGGCUUUGUGAUGGAUCACAUGGAGCGGCGGCGGGCAUUCUCAUUGCCCAUCACCGUCUGUAAAUUAUGUCAC